CAGCCAAACAAUCCCGCCUCCUCUCCUUUCCUCUUCUUCCUCUCACAUCCAAAACCCUAUCUUCCUUCCUCCACAUAACUCUCAUUUCUCUUCCCUCCACAGAAUCUGUAUCCCCUUUCCCCUAUAUCUCAAUUUCAUCACUUUUUCCCCCUCCACGCUAAGUGAUAAAAGCACAUUUUGAUCUCAAUCUUGGUUGUCCCCAAUUUUCUCGAGAAAAAUUAAAAAAAAAACCACCCAGAUUUUGUUUUCUUGAUUAUUUGAAUUACUUUCGUUCGAUUUUUGUUGCUAUUCUUUUUUGUUUGUUUCCCAGAAAGGAAAAAAAAAGGGGAAGAUGGCAAUUGCUUAUCCUCGUUUCAUAGGGUCCGAGAAAGCAUCCAUGGAGACGGGUAUCCCUUCCCUGUCUCAUUCUACACCUGUAUCCCCUCCGGUAAUCCUAACCCAGGACGAGCUUAAGAAAAUCGCCGCCUACAAGGCCGUGGAGUUUGUGGAGUCUGGUAUGGUUCUUGGCCUUGGCACUGGCUCCACCGCCAAGCACGCAGUGGAUCGCAUCGGCGAAUUGCUGCGGCAAGGCAAGCUGAAGAACAUUGUAGGGAUCCCUACCUCUAAGAUGACCCAUGAGCAAGCGGUGUCUCUUGGGAUUCCUUUAUCGGAUCUCAAUGAGCAUCCAGUUGUUGAUUUAGCGAUUGAUGGCGCUGAUGAGGUCGACCCACAUCUCAAUCUCGUUAAGGGCAGAGGCGGGUCUCUCCUCAGGGAGAAAAUGGUGGAGGGUGCUUGCAAAAAGUUUGUUGUCAUUGUUGAUGAAUCCAAGUUGGUGAAGUAUUUGGGAGGAAGUGGAUUAGCUAUGCCUGUGGAGAUUAUCCCCUUUUGUUGGAAGUUUACCGCAAAGAGGCUGCAAGACUUGUUCGAGGAUGCGGGUUGCUCUGCGGCGCUAAGAAUUGAAAAGGGAGAGCCUUUUGUCACAGAUAAUGGUAAUUAUAUCGUGAACUUGUUUUUUAAGAAGGAUAUUGGGGAUUUGAAGGCUGCUAGCGAUGCAAUUUUGAGGAUUGCCGGCGUGGUGGAGCAUGGGAUGUUUCUCGGCAUGGCUACUACUGUGAUCGUUGCAGGUGAGCUAGGGGUCACCGUCAAGAAUAGGCAGUAGGGCCUCAGGAAGUGAUGGUUUUAUUGAAAAAUCUAACAUCUUUAUAUGUAGGGAUUAUUUUAAAUUUUUUGAUAAACCACAAAGUCAGAUUGUUGUAACAGUGAAAGAUUGUUAGGUUCCUUGGCAUGCAUUGUUGAGGGGAGUCUCCUAAAGUUUUGCCAUUGAUUUCGGAGACAAUUUAGCCCAAGAAGAUUUUAGGAAUGUUUAAGAUUUUAAGUCAGCUGAAUAAUAAGCUUAAUGUAUUCAGCUGAGAAUAUCAUUUCAAUAUAAAAUCUGCUCAUUAUUAAUUACAUGUUGCGGGACUGCUUUUGUAUCUUUUGAAGUCUGUGGGUUGGAUCUGAGUUCGAAUAAUACGUUCAAACAAUU